CAAACCUCCUCAUGGCUCUACGGACAGCAGCGUCCCUCUACCUGUGUUUCCUGCUGGGAGUGAGCUGCUGGCACGAUCUGGACAACACAGAGUACGACUGUUGGCCGAUCAACAAUCCGAAUGAUUACAACAUGAUCAGCUGUGGUGGCCUGGAAAUGGCGUGGGUGCAGCGUCCGCCAGAGAAGGUGACAAACGGGGAAGAGUUCAAUGUCUCGUACACGGUGACAGCGUCAGAUUCCUUCUACGAGUACACAGUCAGGAACAAGAUUUUCCAGUUCAGUAAUGCAUCAGAGGCAAAGAGGUUCUGCCAUGAACACGAGUGCCCGGCAAACUGGAACAACGCCAAUGAAAUGAACUGCUGCGUGUAUCACGCCAACAUCCACUCCUGUCCUCUUGGACUCAUGAAACAAGGUGGAAUCUGCGGCCCGUGGAUUCCUGACGAUGGUAAAAUAGUGACUCACACUGUAUCCAAAGCAGGCAAGAUGACCCAGAAAUACUGGACUUCAAAGGUGGUGCUGAUCCAUGUGGGAGUCACCUCAGUCAUUGCUCAUAUCAAGAUAGGGCAGAUGCACGCCGCCCUGGAGUCCAAAGUGCUCGUUGUCAGUGCUCAAGUGUGUGGGGAUGACGUCUGCGAGCUGGAGGAGAACUGCCUCAACUGUCCCGCAGACUGUGGCAUCUGCCCCAUGUCCAUCACUAUCAAGGUGGCCAUCGGGCUUCCAGUCGCUCUCUUCAGCAGCGGCUUCAUUCUAACCAUGGUGUGGCUCCAGUACCAGAAACAGAGGAUGUUAUGGGAUGAAAGCUGGAUCAUCAACUACAAGAACAUAAUAUUUGGUAGGGCAUACUGCAUGGGCCUCGGCAGCACCACCAGCCUGCAGCGCGGCAAGAGUAACUCCACCAUCAGUCGAACUACGGAUAUGACUGUGUGCACCAGAGUGAACGCCUCCUUCAAACAAGACUUCAUCCAGCCAGGCAUCUACGAUGGGAGGACAGUGGCGGUGAAGCGCAUCCAGAAUAAACACUUCGCCCUCUCUAAGACCAUCAGGAAGGAGGUGAAAGAAGUCAGGCAGCUGGACCAUCCCAAUCUGUGCAAAUUCGUCGGUGGGUCCAUUGAGGUCCCCUACGUCAGCAUCAUCACUGAGCACUGCCCCAAAGGAAGCCUGUCCGAUGUCCUGCUGAAUGACGACAUCCCCAUCAACUGGGGCUUCAGACUGUCCUUUGCCACCGACAUCGCCCGUGGGAUGUCUUACCUCCACCAGCACAAGAUGUUUCAUGGGAGACUUCACUCCAGAAACUGUGUAAUUGAUGAUCGCUGGGUGUGCAAAAUCUCAGAUUAUGGGCUCACAGCCUACAGAAAGGAGGACUUUGAGGCCAUCAAUAAUGGCUUCAAUUGUGGUGAUGUAAAUCGUAUAUAUUGUGCCCCAGAGGUGAUGCUGGGAAGCAGCUCCAACAUGACACCAGCAGCAGACGUCUACAGCUACUCCAUGAUUCUGGUUGAGAUUGCAACUCGCUCUGACCUCAUUUCAGCUGAGGGAGUGAGGAUGGAUCUCAUGUGGCGCCCCCCUCUGCCUGAAAUCAAAGCAGGGAAGGCAGAUACUGACUGUCCCAAUCAAGGAGACUACUGCGAGCUCAUUAAGAAGUGCUGGUCUCAUAACGCCACCAUGAGGCCCACGUUUGAGCAGGUGAAGAAGAUGCUCGACAAGAUGAACCCACACAAAGUCAGCCCAGUGGACAUGAUGAUGAACCUGAUGGAGAAGUACAGCAAACAUCUGGAGGCCAUAGUUGCUGAGAGAACACAGGACCUUCUUCAAGAGAAACAGAAGACGGAUCGGCUGUUAUACAGUAUGUUACCAAAACCGGUGGCUGAUGACCUUCGGCAAGGUCGAACAGCAGAGGCUCAGAGCUUCUCCAACGCCACUGUCUACUUCAGCGAUAUUGUCGGCUUUACUCAGCUGUCUGGUGCCAGCACUCCCUACCAGGUUGUGAACUUUCUGAACCAGCUCUACACCACCUUCGAUGACAUUAUAGACAAUUACGACGUCUACAAAGUAGAGACAAUAGGCGAUGCUUACAUGGUUGUCUCUGGGGUCCCUCAAGAAAAUGGCAUUAAUCAUGCUGGAGAGAUAGCCAGCAUGGCUCUUGAUCUAGUCAGCGUCUGCCACACUUUCAAGAUCCCUCACAAACCCAACACACAGCUGAAGAUACGCGCUGGCAUCCACUCAGGACCUGUUGUGGCUGGUGUGGUUGGCACCAAAAUGCCUCGUUACUGCCUGUUUGGGGACACUGUCAACACAGCAUCUCGGAUGGAAUCAACAAGUGAAGCUCUGAAGAUCCAGGUGAGUGGUGCUACCGCUGACCUGCUUCACACACUCAGAGGUUACGUUCUGACAUGCAGAGGAACACUUAAUGUGAAGGGGAAAGGGGACAUGACAACAUGGUGGCUCGAAGCAAAGAGAGACGAUCAUACAGACCCACUUCUCAGAACAUCUGAAUCCAGAGGGGUCCCAGUGCCAGUUAGUGACUAGAUCUGGGUAAAGCCUAAAGUGUGAAAAUAACUGUAUUAAAAAACUGGUCAGCCUUUGUGUUGUGUACAAUUGAAUUGUGCCCAGUGAGCUAUGCUGGAGUUAAAUUGUGCAGACACAGUGACAGGAUAAACAAAUAGGCUAGUUGAUCAAGAAUUUAAAUGAUAUUUAAAUGUAAACCCAGUACAUGUUACUAGUAAAGUAUUUGCCAUCAUGAUGGUUCCAUUGUUGUGACCAGAAGUGAAGAUGAUAAGCAAUAUCCCAGAA